CCGAACGAUGACUGAUUAUCGACCGCCGGGGGGAUGAUUUUUCUGAAGAUUUUGCUAUUUUCAUUAUCUUCAGUAUUACAUGGCGGGGUCACAGAGCGUGUAUGUAACCAUUAUAUUCCAGCGCAACAUGAAGUUCUUCAUGAUGUGUCUCUGGAACCCUUGCAUUUGAUGAAGAAGAGGAGUAUUAAUCAAAGACUGAGGAUACGAGAGGUGUUCCACAGUAGUGUGAACAGAUUACCACCUGAUAAACUGACACUUGUAAAGCACAGGUUACUCCCUGCUGCCCUGUCCUACUGGGAAAACACACUGGUUGUCAGGCAAACUGCAGGUCCAAUUAGACUGAACAGGAACUGCUCCCAGAAUGACAUAAUCUACAGGGCAGGGUAUUACCCUCCAUACUGUGUACAUGGCUGUGAGCAAACCACUUACUGUGGACAUGUCCCUGUGCCUUAUGACCAUCUGGAGGCCUGCCGCAUAUAUCAAGAUGGUCAUUAUCAUGAGACAGGCUAUGCAGGAAGAGGUGUCCUCAACGCAGAUUUUGUCCUCUAUGUGUCAGCAGUGGCGUCAUCCAAGUGUGACCCUGAGGUCACUGUGGCCUAUGCUGCCUACUGCCAGCUGGAGGGGAGUAUGGAUAGACCAGUAGCGGGAUUUAUCAAUCUCUGUCCCUAUUCCAUCUCCACCAAACUCCAUGACAUGACAGAGAUGGUGUCCACAAUCAAACAUGAGAUACUGCAUGCUUUAGGUUUUUCAGCAGGUCUGUUUGCUAUGUACAGAGACAAAAAUGGAGAUCCUUUGACUGAGCGGGACAUAUUCACUGGACGACCAGAAAUGUUUAAUAAUGAAUUGGGAGUAUACCAGUGGAGCUCCAAGGUGGUGAGAACUGUGUCCAGAAGAGACUGGAGAGUUAGAGGAGCCGUCAUACAGAGGCAUUUUUAUCUCAUGGUCACACCAAAAGUUACAGAAGAAGCCAGACGACACUUCAACUGUUCGACACUAGAGGGCGCUGAGUUAGAAAACCAAGGCAGCAUAGGCACUAAACUCACACACUGGGAGAAAAGGGUGUUUGAGCAUGAAGCCAUGACAGGUACCUAUACACAAAACCCAAAGAUCUCUAGGAUAACACUGGCACUUAUGGAGGACACAGGCUGGUACAGGGUCAACUAUGCCAUGGCAGAGCCACUGCAGUGGGGCAAAAAUCUGGGUUGUGAUUUUGUGAAGAAAAGUUGCAUGGAGUGGAUUAAAAUGAGAACUGAACAGAAGAAAUCCAUUUUGCCAUUCUGCACCAAGGUGAAGAGCACUCCACUUCGCACCCUGUGUACCACGGACCGAGAUGCAGUCGCUCUGUGUAAUCUCAAGCAAUAUCCAAAACCUAUACCCUUCAUGUACCAGUACUUCAGUGAAACCAAUGAGGAUCUCCCAGGGACAGCUGCCCAGUACGGAGGGUCAGUGGGUCUGGCCGAUUAUUGCCCCUAUGUACAGGAGUUUGUGUGGAGAGACAGAACCGACACAAUUCAGAGAGGCUCUAGAUGCACCCUGUCUUCUAAUACUGCAGAAGUUCAUGGCAACCAUUUCCUUGAGACAUAUGGUCCAAAUUCCAAGUGUUUUGAACACCAUGGGAUCUGGUCAUUAAAAAGGUGCAAUAUGCCUGCUCCACUGAAGCACUUUGGCAGUGGAUGCUACAAGUACUCUUGUAACUCCACAGUGGGGUUAGUCCUGGAUGUUCAUGGGAAAAGCUACAGGUGCUACAAAACUGGCCAAAUUCUGGUUGUCAGGGUGAUUUUUGAUGGAUGGCUGACAGAGGGCAGCAUAGUCUGUCCAUCAUGCCAAGAAAUAUGUCAGGCCAAAGGUGUUACUUGUCCACCCGAGUACAAUCCACCAUAUAGUUCUCCAGUGAAUCUUCGCAUGCCCUGCAGAGGGAGCCUGUUACACCCCAGACAUGUGCAGGUGCUUCCUGCUGUGAUAUUGUUAUUUGUAUUAUUAUCAUCAUGUAUUUAGAUGUGCUGUUAUACACUUAGUUUGGUUGGUAUUAUUUACCAUGAAUGUACAGGCUCAGGUGAUGAGGUUCUUAGUCACUGACAGGAAUGUACUGGAAGGUCAAUCAACCACUGGCAGGUAAUACUGGAUGAAGACAAUCACAUUGGCCCCAUUCAGAAUGAGAGGAGCCGAGUGCUAGCUAGGCCACGACCUA